GCACAUGCGCAGGAACCAUAGAAACAAUCAUGUUUAUAUCCGCUAAGCGGAAUUCAUGCAUAUUUUAUGUUAUGGCUCAAUUUUAACACCGAGGCUGUCCAUUUACACGCAAUAUCUGCAUAGGGAAUAACAUCAGUAACAGAGAACAAAGAUGAGUGACAAUGAGAGUGAAGAUGGAAGGGAUAAAGAGGAGGAGGAAGAAGAGACACUGAAGUAUGCUCCUGCCAUCAGCGCUCUCCCUCCCAAGGUCAUUCAGCAGGAGGAGAGUCAGGUGGAGGUUUCUGCUAGCCCCGCCUUCCAGUGUCUAGAAGAGCUCUUUCAAGAAGGAAGAUUGACUGGGACCAAGGUAGCAUUUUUGAAGUCAAAGUAUACAGAACUACAUGACACUUUGAAAAACACUAGAGAAAAUGAAACUAACUUACUGAAAAAGGCAAAAGAGUUCACAGUGACCUUGGACAAACAGAGAAGUGAGCUAGAAAAGGGAGAUAAUUUUCCAGCAGGUUCUAAUGCUAAUGAAGUGACAAAACUCAGGGAACAGUAUCUGAAGUUCAGAAAUGAGACAGAAAAAGCUGAAGAUCGGAAAUACCAGGUGGAAUACAGACUGGAAAUUCUUACCGAAGAGAAGAAAAUCAUGGAAAGAGAAUAUUCAAGGAUGCCCAAGCAAGGGGAAAUAGAAAAGAAAAUAAAGGAAUUACAGGCGGCUUGUGAAGAAAUGAAAAAGGAAAUCAACAACCGCCAGCUGGAGGCGAAGACGCUGAAGGAGGACGUGGAAGACACAAAACGCGGAAAUGUGUUGGAGGCAAAGGAACUGGAAAAAUCUCAGGACGAAAUGGAGAAAUUAAAGGCUGACUUAGUACAAGUCAACACACUGCCGAAUCAGCUGGCCAAAGAAGCAGACAAACUUAUCAGACAGAAAAAUGAGAUUGAGAAUAGAUGCCGAAGUCUGGAUACUGAAUACCAGGAAGCACUAGAUAUGGUUCAGACGCUGGAGAAGAAACACCGCGAAAUGGACGAGGAACGAUACGAGAUCACAAACGAGUUGAAGAAACAGCAAGACCUGCUCAACCAGCGAGAACGAGAACUAGCGGAACUCAUGAAGGAUUACGAGUAUGCCAAAGACAAAGAGGCCGUGCUAAACGCUGACAGAGCUACAUUAGAUAUGAAUCUAAGGCAUAUACAGCUGGAGAAAAAGAACACCCAUGAUGUGUUGUCAAGGAAAAGUCGUGAGAAGGAAAGAGAUUUGAGGGCUCUAAAGAAAUUAGAACUACAGAUGAAAGUGGCAGAAGAAAAUCUGGCCCACACAAAAACAAUCCAUGAAAAGGUGAUAUCACAAGUGUCAGGGAUGCCAAAGGAUGAUGGAAGUUUACAGAAGAAGAAAGACGAUUUAGCCAAGGAAGUGGAACAGACCAAGAGGGCUUUAGCCACACAGAAUAACUUGACUGCAGUGGAGCAUGUGAAGUUGGAGAAGAGUGCAGCUGAUGAGCAGAACCUUUUGUACGAACAAAGUGACCUCCGUAUAGAAGUUGUAGAGCUCACGCGACUGGCAGCCAUUAAGGCUGAUGAAAGAGAGCAGAAGGCUCGGGAUUUUAUGAGGGCGGAGAUGAGAUACCACAAAGCUCGGGAAGACAAAAAGACAAAAGAGUUACAGAUUGUGGACCACAAGAAGAAAUACCAGGAGAUGAUGAUCAAGUUGAAAGACUUUGCCAAACUCUACGAUGUGAUUAAGAAUGAAAGAAACAAAUGUGUGAACCUGAUCCAGACCAGUACACAGAAAGCGGCCGAGAUGAAGGAGAAAAUCAAAAUUCUUCAAAACGAGAUAGAAAUCCUACGCACUGAAGUCAGCAAAAAGGACAAAGAACUUCAGAAGCGACGGCUGAAGCACAUGCACAGUAUUGUCAUGAGGGACGGACUUCGUAAUGAGGUCGCUAAGCAGAACACGAUUUAUGCGGAGAUGAAGUCCACAGUGGAACAGCAGAAGAUGGACCUGUCCAAACUGAACAUGAUGAUGAACCAGGGAGAGGACGAGAGUAGUAAGCUGAGGGAGAGGUACUCUGUGGAGGAGAAAAAGAGAAAUGACAGGGGUUUGAGGCUCAUUCAGAGAGAGGAAGAAGUCUGCAUAUUCUAUGAAAAAGUUAAUAUAGAGGAACAAAUGAUAAGAAAUGGCAAUGUGGAGCUCCAAGCUAGAGAAGAGGAGAUCCGAUUCAUUAAAAUGGCUCUGAAUGAGGAGAAGAGGAAGCAAGAGUUGCUAUGGAAACAGCUGCCCAAUAAGAGGUCUCUGGAGGAGGAGCUAGUGACGUUACAAAUUCAGUUACAGCAGUGUCAGGACAGAAUGCUGGAGCUGGAGAAGAAGCUGGAGGAUCCGUACGAUGAGAGUCGCGUCCGGUACCUCGAGGGGAAGGACCUGCCACCGGCUAAACUACAGGAUAAAGUAGAGGAUCUUGAAGCCAGGUUAGCAGAAAAAGAAGAACAAAUGUUAGAAAAAGAUUUGAUAUUUGAACAAGUGAAUCGACUUGUGGACAGAGUGAAAAACAAAGCAGAAGGAGGAAAGGAAGACACGCUGGAGCUAGCUAAAAAGGUUAAUGAAUUACAAGCAAAAAUUAAGGAAACGACUCGUAAAAUGAUGGCUUUAGUGUCUGAACUUUCAAUGAACCAAGCUAAUGCAUUAAAGUUGCAACAAAAUCUGAAGGAGAAGGAGGCGGACUUAGAACAGUGCUAUAUUCGUAUGGAGAAAGGUGAACCACCUAGUGAUGAAAUCGAGGGAGAGUGGUUGAAGGUCUUACGAGACGAUGAUAGAAGAUCGAGAGACAAGGAGGAGAUCAGAAUGGCGGAGGAGGAGGAGGAACAGUACAAGAUAGCAGGCGGAGUAACCACUACUGCAGAGCCACGUCCCAAUGCUUACAUCCCCGACGACGACAGUGAACUACCUAUUCCACGACCCUACGGAAAACACGCUCCUUUCAAACCGGCAGAAUCUGGAUCCACCAUGCGACACAUUAGAAAACCAGUGCCUAAGCCCAUUGAAAUCUAAACUGUCAAAACUUUUGUUACAAUAUGUUCAUCUGUGUUAAAUGAUGUCCGAGAGUGUUAGUUAACUGGCCAUUCGUGUUCAUUGUUAUGACGUAGGGGGUCACCAGCUGAGAUAUAUCGGAGUUCUUAAUGUUCUGUCCUUUGCAGGUCAGUAUAUGUGCUACCUUUCAAAAUCCAUACAACCCUGCAAAAUGUCAGGACUUUGUGAUGCCGACACAGAAAAUCUUGUCCAGUAAGGUCUAUUUGGUCAGAGACAUAUAUAUAACAUGCUAUACAUGUCUCUGAUUCAGUGUGGAAAUAGACAAAGUUGUCAAAACCUGCAUGCGGUAUUUUAUUUAUUGCUUUGAAGUUUUUAUGACUAAAACCUUAAAGGUACACUGUGAUAUCUUCAUUUUAUAUUUUUCUCCAAUGUUGAAGUAAUAAAAUAUAAAAAUACCUGA